AUGGAAGAGAUUAAGCGCGUGCAGGAGUUUGAGCUCACGUGGGUUGUGUAUGAUCCAACAGAUCCAUUUGGUGCCAUAUUAGCGCUUUUCACUCUGUCUCCCAUCUUUCUCGUGAUUGUGUACGUAACAAUUGUAACAAUACAAAGAGACUUGGAUAGCAUUAGUAUGUUCAUGGGGCAAUUUGUGAGCGUCCUGGUCAAUAAGGUACUCAAGAAACUCAUCAACCAACCGCGACCGGAAGGUGCAUUCAUGAGUGGACCUGGAAUGCCAUCAGCACACUCUCAGUUUAUUAGCUUCUUUUCUGCCUACGUUGUGAUAUACACGUGGAAGAGGCUGAACUUGCAUAGGCGACUGGAGCAAUGGCUUACUAUCUUGAUCGCGAUUGUAAUAACGGUUUUGACGUGCUACUCGCGCAUUCACUUGAACUAUCACUCCACAGAUCAAGUGGUCGUCGGCGCAGCCGUUGGUGGGUUUACUGGGGUUGUUUGGUAUGCCCUGGUUGCCACGGUUUCACCGCGGUUGUUUCCAUUAGUGGCAAAGUCGCGUCUUGCAACAUUUUUCUAUGUGCGUGAUGUUUCGCACAUCCCCGACUUGACUGUUUAUCAGUACGAAAUCUCCACCUCCAAGGCUAUCAGAACUUUUCCUCAGCAAAAGUCGCAGUAG